CAAUGUAUAUAUAAUUCUAUAUUCUAUAUAACUAACUGAAACAUCUAUCUUCAACCCAGCACAAAAAUGGAGACCCACAAAAAUGGAGAACCAACAACCGGCACCUAUCUCCGUGACACUGCUACAUCUGCUAUCCAAAACUUCGCUCCCAUCAACAAAAUCCACCAACAUCUCUGCGCGUUUCACUUUUACUCAUAUGACAUGAGCCGGCAAGUGGAGGCACACCAUUUUUGCGCGCACCAGAACGAGGAGAUGAGGCAGUGCCUUAUCUACGACAGCCCCGAGAAGAAAGCCAGGCUCAUAGGGCUGGAAUACAUCAUCUCCGAAAACCUUUACUUGACACUCCCCGACCAGGAGAAGCGUCUGUGGCACUCUCACUUGUACGAGGUCAAGAGUGGCCUCUUCUUCAUGCCUAAGGUUCCUGCUCUCAUUCAGCGCCCAGACAUGGAGACUGUCUGCACCACUUAUGGCAAAGUCUUUCAUUUCUGGCAGGUCGAUAAGGGUCACUCUCUUCCAUUUGGGAUACCUCAGCUCAUGAUGGCUCUCACUAGAGAUGGCCAGAUCUAUGAUCACCUCCUCCAAAGUUCUGCAGAGCGCAUGGGGAUAGACUAUGAGGAAGAAAGAAAAGCGAGAGAAUAUAUGACAGGGCCAGUUCAUGGAAUUCAUCCAUUGGCAAAUGGAGGGGGUAAGGGCCUUGAACUUCGGCUGAGGGAGGUUGAACUCAAGCACGAUCCAUCUCCACCAUCCGUCAAAGCCAGGAUUUUAUUUUGAACAUAUUGUACGUGUUUUCUAUAUAAUGAAUGUAUCUGCAUGUACCGAUUACUAUAUUCCCCAGUUUAGUUUGCUAAGAAUAAUAUUAUAUCCGGUGUAGCACAAAUGUGUUGGCAAUUCUGAUUUCUUAAUGAAUAACUCGAGUGAUGUGUUUUUAGUUUUUACAA